AUUUGGUCACGCACCGGUAUUUGGGGAACCCGUGUAUGAAUCCGUAAACUUGGCUGGUUAGAGACAAAAAAUAAUGCAGUGUGCUAGACCUUUUGUACGGUCUGUGGUGUCAAGAUGUACUCUUUCUGGGCUCCGUCUUUGUUCAGUUUCACUAAGUGAUUCCACCUCGUCAAAGGGCAGUUCAACUAAGAAGGAAACACCACAAAAAACUAAGCCGCAACAAGCAUCAACUACCGCUGCUAAGAAGAUGGCUACUCCGGAAACAAAAUCUGACAACAAAUCCUACAAAGUUCCCGAAUAUUAUGGUCACAAUGAAUGGUCGUUUUACGACAUCGACAGUACAAUGAAUAAAUUUAGACUUCCACAGCCAUCCAGCAUAAAAUGAUCGUAAUAAAGCUCAGGCCACAAUUUCAGGAUGUGUCCAGUGCAUCCUAGAACAUGUGAACAUUUGCUGUAUUUCACAAGAUAUUUAUUGUAUUUUGUUAAAAGGAACACUUAACAAUGAAAGUAUUCCCGCGGUUUGUAUUGUAGAUAAUAAUGUAAAUGUUGCACUAAAGUCAAUCGGACUGAAGUUCUCUAUAGCUGUUUGAUCUGAUGUGUGUGUGAAGUAUUAAUGAUUGUUUAGUGUGGAAUAAAACUGUUACAGUUA